AUGGCUGUCGAUUCGCUAAGAUCUGAUGGACAAGGAGAGAGAGAGAAAGAGAGGAAGAGGGAGCGGAGCUAUCUAGUGAUCUGGACCCACAUGGGUGACCGCCUUCCGGUCACCCAACAACGACUAGAAGAUAUAACUGUGGAUGGCAUGGAGGAACUUUAUACGAUCGCUAAGGUUAAAGAGCUGCUUUAUGACUUUCUUUUGUACACCGAAGCAGAAUACCAACAAGAAGUACUCGACGAAGGUAUCGUUGAUCCAUUCCCCCCGGGCAAGAGAAAAUGCUGUCGGCCUCAAACUCCCCCUGAACACCUAAGUUCGGAAGAAGAAUUGACCGAGACGAUGAAAGCAAUCAAACGUGGGCGCCUUGUGCGAGAUUCGUUCGGGAAAAGAAUCCGGGGACCCGAAAUCUAA